UUGAGCUUCUCCGUCGACUGGUUGUGUAUGCAGUUGCAACAACGGACCCAAAUCAGUUGUUUACCGCAUUGGUAAGAGCACGGUUGGGUUGACGGUUGUGCAAAAGGUGGCGAAUAGUGUGUGAGAAUGAUCAUGAAAAUAGCGAAAAUAAAAUAAAAGGGUAUAGAAAUUGAAAUUGUUUUUUCUCAUUUAAUAUUGUGCGGCGCGUGUCGGAAAGUAUGACAAAGAAGAGCGUUUGUCGUUUGAUUUGUUGAUUAGAAAACAUACAUUCUAUUCGCGAGUAAAGCUGCAAACAAAAAUUAAAAAAAAAAAAAAGAUUUGUCAACUGACAACUUCACGUGAUUUAUAAUCUCAGAGUUGUCAAUUGUUCUCUGCCGCAUUGUGUUCUAUAUACAUAUGUAUGUGUUUGCCGUUGUUCGCGCGUGCUUUUAUGCAGACCAUCUCUUGUGGGCUGUGUAUGCGACCACCUACGAACGUAGAAAGUGUGGCGCUUCUUUGUGAAGUAAACAGUUUGUGAAAUCAGCAAAGAAUUAUUUGUGAAUUUUUCUUAACUUUCUUUUGAAACGCAACUAAAAUAAAUAAUAAAACUAUUUUUAUUUUUUUGAUUUGUGUACCUGUUGUAACUACACAAUCAAGCAACGAAGAUGCGCUUUCGUUCCACUGUUGCAUUAUUCUUACCCAGCUGCUGCUGGUUGCCGAACAACAGCAACAUAAUCAAACGUGGUGGUCGCCGGCAAGUAGCAGCUGUUGCUGCACGUGGUUAUAGUAUUUUGUUCCCCACACUGUUGUUGCAGGUGCUCUUAAGUGCAGCACUAGGUGGUGCCGUCACGCCUGCCAGCAGUGGAACGAAAGGAUUACCGCGCAUGCGAGCAGCGAAAAUAGCGCGGCUUCACACUCUGCAGGGAGUGCCCGGGAGCUUUGGUGGCAUUAGCUUCAGCCCCGGAAAUAGCAGCAAAAUCAAUAGCGCAGAAGUUGAUGCAACGAUGAAAGAGAAAAAGGGCGCAAAUAUUGACGGCAAUCAUUUGACUGGGAAAUACGAGAUACGAAGUGUUUCUGGUGAGCCGAAUUAUAAAUCCGUUAAUUUAACCUGGGAAGUGGAGUUUGUGCCUUCCUACUCGGAUUUGCUGUCGCAAGCGACCGAUAUUGAUGCUAUCACCAACAGCAGCGCCGAAGUGGAACCGCCAAAAGCGUUUCAGAUUUUCUUUUGUGAAUUGCAAUCAUUUGGACCGCAUCGCUGUCGCUCCAAAUUAGUCAACGAAACUCAACAGCUGGAACCAAACGGUAACAACGACAACAGUAAUGGCAACAGUAAUCAUACCGGCAGCAGCAGCAGAAAGAACCGCCAGAACAAUAAUGUGGAAAUUGAGCAGGCGAAAAGCAGUAGACGGGUUCGUCAUUAUGCUGCGCAAAUCGAUAAUCUUCGCAUGGCCACCAAAUACAGCUUCCACAUCCGACCACAAGCAAAGCGCAGAAAUAUGAAAAUCACCGGUCGCUCUGAGCUAUUCGGCAACGAAAUCGACGAUGAAGCGAAGGGUGUGCCACUUGACGGAGGCCAAACCAUCAUCAUACCAACGAAAGGAUUUGCUGCACAAGCCACAAAAUGCUUGCCCCAAGCUUCAGAAAUUGAAGUAGAAACAGGUCCAUACUUUGGUGGAAAAAUUGUUGUUGAUGGCGGCAAUUGUGGUGUAAAGGGUAAUCAAAAUGAUCCAAUCGAUCGUUAUACGAUGCGAAUCGAUCACAAAAUGUGUGGCAGUUUAGUGAAGCCGGAAACGAAUACAGUUGAAACAUUUAUAACGGUGCAGGAGAAUUUGGGCAUCUACACGCACAGCACAAGAAGAUUCGUCGUAGUGUGUAGCUUCCAGUCGGGUAUGCAAACGGUGCGCGCCAGCUUCACAGUGCCCGGCAGUGAUGGCGUUGCAGCUGCCGUAGAGAACGAUCCCUUCGAACCAGACGAACGACUGGGUCGAGAGCAGCGUUACAUGCGUUUCGUGGAUAAGAGCGCCUUGGUACUGAAGGAACAUCCGCUAUUGGAACCCAUGCCGCCAGCAGCGCACACAUUACCGUUGGCCUCAGAUGAAAGUAUCGCAAUGGUCGAAGAAGUAACCGAUGCGGUAAACAUCAGCAACAAUCAAUCAGUAGAAACCGAUGGUAGCGAUGUACCCAAUAGCGUAGCAUUGUUGGAAGAUAUUGUACCGGGUGUAAAUGAGCGCCACAUAAAACAUGAAAAUGAAGUGCGGAAGCUACAGGAAAUCGAUGAUGCCGCGCCUACAGUGCCGGUGACGAAUACGCGAGCGGCUAAAUAUGCAAAAUUGGUACGCGAGCAGGCAACAGCAAAUCAUCUGGCGGAAGAAGUCAACGCUAGCGGUACAUUGGGCGUGGAACAGUGGUAUCAUUUGCGCAAUACCGGUGAGCAGCGAGGUUUCACCACCACUCUGGAACAAAUAUCCUCUAACGCCGGCAGCAUUAUCAUCACUGUCUCGCUUUCUGUGAUAGUUUUUGGCGCUUUUAUUUUCGUCGUAUUGCGGGAAGCUCGGCGACAGCGUUACAUUCGCAACAACAUUAGAAUGCAGCAAUUGCAAUCAUCGCGCGCAUCAUCGCCUACUUCGUUAGCGACAGAAAAGUCAUCGGUUGGAAAUCGUACACUACCGCGCGCCUUGCAGCCGCAACAUACUCAGGGCAACAUGUAGGCACACUAGGGUGGGUAGAAAAUAUUCGAAUUAAUUGAGUUAAGAAAACAAAAGUUUUGAUAGAAAAAAUGAGAUUUUAAGUAAUAGGCACUUUCAAGUAAAACUAAGAUGAAUUAGACUAAUUUAUUACAUCCAAUACUUUCGUACACUUUACAUACACUGAACAACAAAGUUGCAUUUCUUUUACAAAUUUCCCAUCUAUGCUCAUUUGUCUUGUUAAAUAAUAAAAUUAACCAACUGAUAGUGAUUUAGCUGAAGGUGACUGAGCAUAGUGAAGCUAGACAUGUAUACCUAAAAGAAAAAGAUGAAUAAUUAACUUUUAAUUACUUAAGAAUAUACUAAAUGCGCACUCAAAUACUCUUAUUGGAUAGAAAUUGUUGAUAAAUAUAUUAUAAGAUAAACAUAUGUAUGAUUAAUAAGGAAGAAUUUAUAAAAUAGGUAAGAACUCAAGCCUAAAUCUUUUUAUUGUAAGUUUACGUACAUAUGUAUGUUAUCAAGGGAAACAAACUUUCACGCAGAAUGAAAUAUAAAAAUUAAGUUAUUUUUACAGGAGUAUAUAAAUGAUAUAACUUAUUUUUAAUAAGACAAUUU